GCAUCCGUCCCUCUGGAACCGACACAAUCAGACGACCUUUCCCCGACCAGACGCUGGCAUCGCCGUCCACACCGAACAGCAUGGACUCCUGCGGAUGGCACGAGCAACGCCAAGUGGCGAUGCUGGACACGGCACCGCUAUCAAGUGUAUCCUUUGACCCGUUCGAAGAGAUUGUCUGGAUUGGCAACAACAAUGGCCGGGUUGCAUCUCUCGUUGUCCAGCCGGACUCGCUGCGACGAUACACCAGUUUCAAGGCUCACAGCGGCCCCGUAUCGAAGCUACUGGUGUGCGACAGCGGCGUUGUAUCGCUGGGAACAGAUAGCCUCCGGUUCACGGCCCGCUCGGGCAUCCAGAAGUGGAAGCUCAGCUUCGAUCUGGGCCAGCAGCUUCUCUCGAUGUGCUUCUCGAAUCAGUACAGCUCCGAGCUGAUUGCCAGCACCGUAUCCUCCCAGCUUCGGCUGAUCAAUACUGCCCGCGGAGCUGUCGUCAAGCAGUUUGAAGUCGAUUCGGAAGUCAAGGUCAUUCGGCGAUCCCGAUUCAUCUGCUGCGGGACUGUCGGCGGUCGAGCCAUGCUGCUUGAUCCCAGAACCUAUCGCACCGAGCACACUCUUGACGCACACACAGGUGCUCUCACGGACAUGGACGUCAACGGCAACAACCUCGUUACCUGUGGAUACUCGCUGCGCGGCGGAACCUUGAUUGUCGAUCCUUUGGUCCGAGUGUUCGACAUACGCACAAUGAAGUCGCUACCCCCCAUCCCUUUCCAGAAUGGACCAGCGAUUCUCCAAUUUCAUCCCAAGCUGUCGUCGACCAUUCUCACGGGAUCGCAGACGGGCCAGUUCCAGAUAUGCGACAUCGAGACGCCCAACUCGCAUAUUGAGUUUCUGCAGGUUCACACCGACGGAUAUACUUCCGUCGCCGACAUCUCUUCGUCGGGAGAGAUGAUGGCAUUCGGAUCGUCCACAGGCAUCCUCCAUCAGUGGGCGGAGCGAGAAGCCCCAAAGUCCAAUUUGUAUUCGCGGCCGUUUGCCGUGCCCUUUGACCCCCCGCCUCCGUCGGUCCAUAUUAGCGAGGACAGCCCGCUAUCAAUGGUUGGCAUGCCGUACUAUACGUCACAGCUGCUUUCGGCAUCCUGGCCCGUCAACAUGACGUUUCAUGUCGGCCAGCCCCUGCCAAAGAUCCCUCCCGAGAUUCUGGCAAACGUCAAGAAGAGCGACUUUGUUGGCUAUGCCCAGAAUCCAAAGACCUUCCGAAGGAACCAGGCGCUGUCGCUCCUUUCGACCAACUACAGCCAGGACGAAGAUGUGCCCCGCUUCCGGUCAGAGCAGAGUCGCUACAGCUCCGGUGGCCGGCUCGGGGGUGGCACGAUGGGGUCGCUACAGCGACAGCGGCUGCGAACCUCGGAUUCGGAUGAUCUGGUGCAAGGUUCGGAAUCCGACAGCAUGUCGUAUGGCUCGCACCAAGCGCACUCGGGCGCGCCGCACAUCAUACCAAAGUUCUACCGCAAAGUUGAGAUCAAGUACAGCCGCUUUGGCGUCGAGGACUUUGACUUUGGAUUCUACAACGAGACAUGCUAUGGCGGCCUCGAGACCCACAUCAAGAACUCGUACUGCAACCCGAUGCUCCAGGUGCUCUUCUUUAACCCGCCCUUGCGCGAGGCUGUCAAAUCGCAUCUCCGCAAGAACGCCUUUCGAGCAUGUUCAUGCCCAAAGGAGUUUUGUCUCGGCUGCGAGCUUGCGUUCCUCUUCCAAAUGCUGGAGGACUCGAAAGGCAUGAACUGCCAGGCAUCCAACUUUUUGCGAGCAUUUAGUACAAACACACAAGCCAGCGCCCUGGGGUUGUUCGAGCCUGAGGAUGCAAAGGUCACUGUUUCGUACUCGGCACUCAUCCAGAGCUUCAAUCGGUUUAUCCUGGAGCAGCUGCAGCAAGAUCUUCUUGGCGAUGUGCCGCCAGCGCCAAGCGAGGAGCCUCAACAGUGGCUGCUGGAUAGGGACUAUACGUCUGCCACGUGUCCUUCGAUGAUCCAGCAAAUCUAUGGGCUGUGUCUGCAGUCCACGAGCACAUGCCAGUGCGCCAGCACCGUUUCGCGAGAGAUAUCUCCAUUUGUGAUUGACUUGAUCUAUCCAAAGAAGCCCUCCAAGCCAUCGAACGCCCCUGUAGCCGAGGUUUCGCCCAAGCUGCAAGGGUGCACCAAGAGACCACAGUCGCUCUUCUGCGAGAUUCUGCAAAGCAGCCUUCAUCGCGAAGCACUGACAAAGGCGUGGUGCGACAACUGCGGCAAGUACCAGUCUACAACCCAAUCCAAGCAUCUCAAGAGUCUGCCCAACUUCAUCAACGUCAACGCAAAUGCCACAGCGGACGAGGAGCUGGCUAUCUGGCGCGAGGAUAUCUCGGUCGUGCCGCUGAGGAUCGCUCUGGUCCUGACCGGGACAGGUCUGACGGUCGUCCAGCUAGCGAAGGAUUCGGUCGAGAUCCCUGCCGAAUACGAGGACGUUAUCCAGCAGGCUACCGAGAUUGCAAUCUACGACCUACAUGCCUGUGUCGUUGAGGUCUUGCAGGCCAAUGCCCCGCAUCUGGUUGCGCAGAUCCGGGUCUCGAAGCCCGUCGAUGAGCUGGAUGAUGCCGCGCAAAGGUACCAGUGGUAUCUCUUCAACGACUUUUUGGUUCAGCCACUGUCCGAGUCUGAGGUCGUGCAAUCCAGAAAGUGGAAGGUACCGGCUGUUCUGAACUACGCUCGGAUCGACAUGGCCGAGGUGUUCCGCCCGGAAACGCUGCCGACUGAGCUCGACAUUGAUAUUCUGUUUGAGGAGAAACCCGCAAACCGCCGGAGCGACCUUUCUAUAUUUUCGAGCCCGCUGCGGCCCGAUGAAGUUCCAACAGAACCCGGAUUGAUUGUCGCAAUCGACGCCGAGUUUGUCGCUCUCAGCAAUGAGGAAACCGAGAUCAGAAGCGAUGGCACAAGAUCAGUCCUCCGACCCUCUCGGCUGGGUCUGGCGCGAGUGAGCGUGCUUCGAGGGGAUGGCGAAUGCACGCCCUUCAUUGAUGAUUACAUCGUCACCACCGAGCCAGUGGUUGACUACUUGACCGAGUUUUCCGGCAUCAAAGCCGGUGAUCUGGAUCCCACCACUUCGACGCAUCCUCUGGUUCCGCUCAAGAUGGCCUACAGGAAGCUCCGACUGCUGGUUGACCUGGGAUGCAUCUUUGUUGGCCACGGUCUCAAGAAGGAUUUUCGCAUCAUCAAUAUCAUGGUUCCUCCUGAGCAGGUGAUCGACACCGUCGACAUCUACUGGAUCAAGAGUCGACACAGAAAACUGUCGCUCAGAUUCCUGGCUUGGGUCCUGCUCAAGCAAGAUAUCCAGGGCGAAUCACACGACAGUAUCGAAGAUGCCCAUACAGCGCUACUUCUCUAUCGCAAGUACCAACAGUGGUCAGGCGAAGGCGUAUUCGAGCGCGUUCUUGAGAGUGUCUAUGAGGAAGGCCGGUCAUACAACUUCAAGGUUCCAAGCAGCGUUCCCGCCGGCCUCAGUCUGUCCUAUCGCCGCACACCACCAAUUCCGGAUUCUGGGUCCAGACCCGCUUCUUCGGGUGUGACACCGGUCCCCGAAGAGGAGGAUGUGGCGACCCAGAGCUGGACCAAGCCCAGCGAGUCGCGGCUGCGAGACGGCAAGAAAAUGUCCAAGGGCGAGCUGAGGGAGGCCAAGAGCAGCGAGAGUCUCGGCGUUGCGUAUGGCGAGAUACCACCAAAUAGCCCUGGAAACCAGUCACACGCUCUCAAGGGUCAGCGGAUAGCUGCAUCGAACGGCGAAGAUGCCGAGGAGGUCUGAGAAGACCAUGAUGAUGGGAUAUGCUCCAAAGCCCAUGGCGUCUCUCUUAGCGCAUUACCAGCGGCUAAGGAAAACGACGAGUACCCUGUUUUGAGGCAACGACCAUGAUCCUUCGGAUCUUGAAUACACCCAUGCUUCAUUUCAA